AUGAAGCUAAUCCUUUGGAAUUGUCGGGGGGCCGGGAAACCUUCUUUCGCCCCGGCUUUUCGGAGGUUGGUGCAGGUGCACAACCCUGAUAUCUGUGUUUUAUCUGAGACCCGGUUAGCCGGGAGGAGUAUUGUGAGAGCUAGGAGGGCACUUCCGCGAUCUUGGAGAUUCUAUGCUGUGGAAUCUCAGGGGUUGUCGGGAGGUAUUAUUGUAACUUGGAAAUUGGAUUGUGGUAAUGUGGACAUCUUUAAUGUCAGUAGCCAGGAAGUGAUUAUGGUGAUAUCAGAAGGGGAGGGGAGGCCAUGGAUUUUUGGAGCUGUAUAUGCUAGUAUUGACUUUAGGGCUCGGAGGACAUUGUGGGAGGAGGCUUCCAAGUUGGUGGAUCAGGGGCACCCAGUGUUGAUUGCAGGAGAUUUUAACUGUAUAGAUGAUCCACAGGAGAAGAUGGGUGGGAGGCAAUUCUCAUAUCAGAGGAAGGUGAAGGAAUUUCAGGAGUUUAUUUCUACAAAUGGGCUGAUAGAUCUGGGUUUCACAGGGCCCAGAUUCACAUGGUGCAACAAUCAACAGGGUCCGGCUAGAGUGUGGGAGAGGCUUGACAGGGCCUUUGCCACGGCUGGCUGGAUUCAGGAGUUCCCAGACUAUCAUGUCAAACAUCUUUCGCGGAUAGCUUCAGAUCACUGUCCGAUACUGGUGAGUACUGAUAGACCCAUUCCUUUUUAUUGCCCUUUCAGGUUUGAGAGGUUAUGGCUGUGUUACCCUCGGUCUUGGGGUGUUGUGAGUGAGGCUUGGUGCAAGCCUGUCCGGGGGGAUGCUAUGUAUCGGAUUUCUCGCAGACUUGAGUUGACAAGGAGAUAUCCUCGGAGGUGGAAUAGGGUGGAAGUAGGGAACAUAUUCCGUAGAAUUGAGGAGUUAGAGGAGGCAAUUGCAAAUCUACAAUCACGAGAAGCUUCGGGGGGAGGUUUAUCACAUGAGGAGUUGUCGGAAUUGAGAUCCUUCUUAUCUAUGCAUGACUCCCUACUUCACCAACAAGAGAUCUUCUGGAGGCAGAAAUCGAGGGUUCAGUGGAUUCAGGAAGGGGACAGAAAUACCAAGUUCUUUCAUCAGUCGACAUUGAUCAGAAGACAGCGGAACAGGAUCAGAUCUAUCAGGGGCGAGGAUGGCCAGACCACAGAGGAUCCAGAUAUGAUAUGCAGGGUGUUUGAGCAGUUCUUCAGGGCCAGGUGGACAGAGCGGACAGGUAGUGGGAUACAUACUGAGCUACCCCUUCCAUCUGAGGGGGUAUCCGAUGAGGAUGCUUUAGCACUGAUCAGUCCGGUAUCGGGGCGGGAGAUUCAGGAGGCGGUGUAG